AUGGUUCUCUCGGAGCUGACGGCAUCUGCUGCAGCCAUGAAAUCAUUCCACAUAGGUAGAGAGGACUCUGCAGCCAGAACCACUGGCUCCCUUUCUCCGCUGAAGAACCAUGCCGGUGAGAGUGCGAACCCUUUUGUUCGUAGCCUUGCGGCCAGCCCUGUCGCGUGGCAGCCGCUGAAUGACGAGAGUGUGGAACGCGCAAAGAGCGAGGGUAAACUUUUGUUCCUGCAUAUUGGGUACAAAGCCUGUCACUACUGUCGCCUCAUGUCGAUCGAGUCCUUCGCCAACGCCGAAUGCGCCGCCGUACUCAACGAUGCUUUUAUUCCCGUUCUUAUUGACCGAGAGUCUCGCCCUGACCUGGAUACAAUCUACAUGAAUUAUGUGCAGGCUGUAAGCAGUGUUGGAGGCUGGCCGCUUAAUCUCUUCGUUACACCAGAGCUGGAACCUGUUUUUGGUGGUACAUACUGGCCCGGACCUAAUGCUGCGCGCCGCGCACAUGACGAAUCUACCGAAGAUGCUCUGGACUUCUUGACUAUUAUCAAGAAAGUUCGGGACAGUUGGAAGGAACAAGAAUCAAGGUGUCGUAAGGAAGCCACCGAAGUUUUGGCUCAGUUGAGAGAAUUUGCCGCCGAAGGUACUCUGGGGACGAGACCAGUUACGCAAACGCAAAAUUUUGUGCCGUCAGGUUGGGCUGCUCCCAUUUCAAGCGAGUCUUCACAAGGCAUGGACAAAACCGCCUCAGUCUCAAGUGAACUUGAUCUGGAUCAACUAGAGGAAGCAUACACACAUAUUGCGGGCACGUUUGACCCUGUUUAUGGAGGCUUUGGCCUGGCUCCUAAGUUCUUGACUCCGCCGAAAUUGCAAUUUCUACUCGAACUACACACUUCCCCUAGUGCUGUUCAAGAUAUUGUGGGAGAGGCUGAAUGCGCUCACGCGACAGACAUGGCACUUGAUACUCUCCGGAAGAUCCGAGAUGGAGCUCUACAUGACCAUGUCGGAGCCACUGGGUUUGCGCGCUGCUCUGUCACCCCGGAUUGGACAAUACCAAAUUUUGAAAAGCUGGUAGUCGACAAUGCGCAGCUUCUGUCCCUUUACCUUACAGCCUGGCACAGAGCUGGUGGACAAGCGACGAGCGAAUUCUACGACAUUGUCCUGGAACUUGUGGAGUACUUGACAUCUACCCCAAUUCUGCGAUCAGAUGGGCUACUUGCAUCUAGCGAAGCUGCCGACUCCUAUGUCCGUAACGGCGACAGAGGGAUGAAGGAGGGCGCUUUCUACCUCUGGACUAAGCGAGAAUUCGACAGCGUCAUUGAAGCAGCUGAGAAGGGCGCCAGCCCAGUAGUUGCUGCUCACUGGGGGGUCCUAGAGGACGGCAAUGUUGACGAGCAGCAUGAUCCAAACGAUGACUUUAUGAAGCAGAAUAUCUUACGGGUGGUCAAGACCUCGGAAGAGCUGAGCAAACUGUUCAGCGUAUCCGUCGAAAGAAUUGAGCAGUCCAUCCACACAGCUCGCAAUGAGCUUAAACGACGAAGGGAAGGUGAGCGAGUGCGCCCCGAGGUCGAUGAUAAGGCUGUCACUGGAUGGAAUGGAUUGGCGCUGUCUGCUCUUGCCAAGACGGCAGAAGCGCUGGUCACGGUGAACCCUGAAAUCAGCGCCAAAUGCAAUACUGUGGCAAGCGGUAUUGCCUCUUUUAUCCAAAAACACCUCUGGGACACUCAGUCAAAGAUUCUGUAUCGAAUCUGGACCGGGGACAGAGACACGGAAGCAUUUGCCGAAGACUAUGCAUAUGUCAUUCAAGGAUUGCUGGAUCUUUUUGACACCAAUGGCGAUGAGUCGUUGAUUGCGUUUGCCGAUCAACUGCAGAGAACAGAGGCGCAAGCGUCGUACUUUUACGAUGCCGCAGGUGGUUUCUUCACCACCACAGCCGAGUCGACCUUUGCCAUUCUGCGAUUGAAGGACGGCAUGGAUACGUCGCUACCCUCCACCAACGCCGUCUCUGUCUCGAACUUAUACAGACUCGGCCAGCUCCUCGACGACGAGACGCUCACUGGCAUGGCACGCAGCAGUAUUAAUGCCUUUGAGCCCGAGAUGCUCCAGCACCCGUGGCUUUUCCCCGGCCUACUUGGCGGCGUUGUCACGGCCCGCCUCGGGACAUCACAGGUCCGUAAUGAAGAGGUUAAGUACAAGGCGGCGAGAGAAAAGGCGUAG